GUCUAUCCAUAUACGACAACCCGGAUCCAGACCGUCAUCUGUGACCCUGGAAGAUGCGAUGCUUUUGCGACUUGCUAUUGUGCGGCGGGAGACACUACUCUCUAUGGCUCUUGGACACCACCCGUCGUGCAGUAAUAUGAGUUUUGAGGAAGAUCUACCUAUUCCUACGCCCGGGAACGAUGGUGGAGGCUUGACGUACCGACAAGCUAUGAGCUGGCUUGGCCAUCUUGGGAUACGGCAUCUAGAGUCUCAAAAAAGAAUUACACCACCUGCCUCGCUGCUUACUUUGGACAAGAUUGACCGUAUUGAUCUGUCCCUUUCUCCGCAUCUAAAAAAACCGGCAUUUCUGUAGCUCUGCACCGGAUGUUGAGGAAUGCUACGCCUU